CCUCCUCUCCUCCUCUUCCCAUCCAGUCCCGCGAAUCUCGCGCGCACCGAAGAUGGCGGCCGCAUUGGGAAGAUUUCUCCGGGCUUCGAUUGCCCGACAUAUGAGUGCUGUUCCUUGGGGCAUCUCUGCCUCUGCAGCCCUCAGACCUGCUGCUUCCCGAAGAACAUGCCUGACGAAUGUAUUGUGGUCUGGUUCUGGUCAAGCAAAAUUCGCUUUUAGCACCAGUUCCUCAUACCACGCUCCUGCCGUCACUCAGCACGCACCCUAUUUUAAGGGCACCGCCGUUGUCAAUGGAGAGUUCAAAGACCUAACCCUCGAUGACUUUAAGGGAAAAUAUUUGGUGCUUUUCUUCUAUCCUUUGGACUUCACCUUUGUGUGUCCUACGGAAAUUGUUGCUUUUAGCGACAAAGCCAAUGAAUUUCACGACGUGAACUGUGAAGUUGUUGCAGUUUCAGUGGAUUCCCACUUUACCCAUCUCGCCUGGGUCAACACACCAAGGAAGAAUGGCGGCUUGGGCCACAUGAACAUCGCGCUCUUGUCAGAUCUGAAUAAACAGAUUUCCCGAGACUAUGGCGUGCUGUUGGAAGGCCCCGGAAUUGCUCUGAGAGGCCUCUUCAUCGUUGACCCCAAUGGCAUCAUCAAGCAUUUGAGUGUCAACGAUCUCCCUGUGGGCCGAAGUGUGGAAGAGACCCUGCGCCUGGUGAAGGCAUUCCAGUUUGUGGAAACCCAUGGAGAAGUCUGCCCAGCGAACUGGACCCCGGAUUCUCCUACGAUCAAGCCACAUCCAACUGCUUCCAAAGAAUACUUUGAGAAGGUGAAUCAGUAGAUCAUCCUGUGUGAACCCACCUCUUCUCACGUCAGGAGAGAGCCACAGCUGGAACUCACUUUGAGCAUUUCAAAGAUGAUUAUUUAUAGAAGACAAAACAAUUAUGCUUGUACUCAUAAGUAAUACUCUAAAUGUUUUGUUUUUGUAACAUUGGCGGAGGCUUUUAAAUGUCCUCACACACAUAGAGCGUCCUUUAUUGGUUUAUAUGGCUGACUAGUUUAUAGGAUGCUGGUUCACCUGUUCCUUUGAUUGUGUCUUCAGUGGG